CAUUCUUCUAUCUCUCUCUCUAUAAACUCUCUUGGAUCUCUAAAAUCUUCUGCUUCUGUCUUCCCACAACUAAUCCCUUUCUUUCUCAUUUUUAACACUUAAAUUUUCUUCUUUUUAUCCUCUUCUCUCAUUAAACCACACAUUUCCCAGAAUGCGAAACCCCAGUUCGUUAAAACGAGAAUUUUUGAAGAAAUGGAUGACGGGUCUUCAAAUAUACACAACCUCCUCCAACGAAAACAUGACGGUCAUCGAGAGAAAAACCGCCAUUAAAUUAUCUGCAGACAUAGCUUUAGCCUCCUCUCGAAACUGCGCCACCCGGUGGAGCCGAGCGGUAAUCGCCAGUUCCUCCGUUGAUAACCGAAGCCGUCGAGUUGCCGACGGCGUACUAGGGCGGGCCGUAUGCGAGAGGGUGAAACAAAUCAGCAAUUCAAAAAUGACACGAAGCUCAUGGAGUAGUGGGAUGAUUCUGAAAAGAAGCCGCCGUGUGCGGCGGCGGAGGAAUAAAUGUAUGAAAGCCAUGGCGGCGGAGUCGGUUGCAAAAAGAUUGGUGCUAAAAAGAACAAAAGUGCUACGUGGUUUGGUUCCGGGAGGUGAAUUUAUGGAUGAAAUUUCGUUGAUCGAAGAAACCCUAGAUUAUAUAUCGGCUCUUCAAGCUCAAGUUGAUGUAAUGAGGUGUCUUGCAACUGCAUACAAUCCAUCAUCAUCAUCAUCAUCAUGAAAAAAUCCAAAUUUUAAUUAUAAUUAAUCUCCCUUUUUUUAUUUAUUUAUUUUCUUUUUUGGCCAACAUUCGUAUGAUGAAUGUGGAUGGAGAAAGUUAUGGGCUUUUUUUUUUUUUUUUUUUUUUCCUUUUUUUCUUUCGUGCACAUAUUUGUAGCUAAAUUGAAGUUAAUGUAGUGAUAAUUUGGAAACAUUUUCUGAGUUUUAUGUACAAAAUAUAAGUUAAGACAUUAAUGCUCUCUUUAGAAUUUCGUUGGUUCGAAA